GGAACAGCAUCAGUUCCAACGGUCUCUUCGUACAGCUAAGUAGUCUCAUCCUUAGAAACCACACAUAGAUCAUCAGAGCAAAAUGAAACUCUUCAUUGCCGCCACUCUUGCCUUGAUCGCCGUCGCUUCGGCUGAUGUCAGCCACUUGUCGAGGUCAUACCUGCCACCUGCUCCAGCUCCAGCUCCACAAUACUUGCCACCCUCCAGCAACUAUGGUGCACCAUCUUACUCCUCAGGUGGCAUCGGCGGCGGUUCAUACUCGUCGGGUGGAUCACUUGGUGGUUCCCUUGGUGGCUCAUACUCGUCCGGUGGUUCCCUCGGUGGGUCAUACUCCUCAGGCGGUUCCCUAGGUAACUCAUACUCGUCGGGUGGUUCGCUCGGUAGUGGAUACUCGUCGGGUGGUGCCCUCGGUGGCUCAUACUCUUCAGGUGGAUCCCUGGGUAACUCAUACUCUUCAGGCGGUUCCCUUGGUGGCUCGUACUCUUCAGGUGGUUCGCUAGGUGGCUCAUACUCAUCCGGAGGUGCUGGUGGUUCAUACUCAUCGGGUGGUGGUUCCUCGUACUCUGCCCCAUCAAAUGAAUACUUGCCACCUGUGCAAAGCUACUCACCACCAGCUCCAGUCUACUCUGCUCCUGCACCCGCUCCAGUCUACUCGGCUCCAUCAUACUCCUCAGGUGGUAGUGGUAUCAGUUACUCCAGCGGCGGUGAUGGUGGUUCUUACUCUAGCGGUGGCUCAUACUCAAGCGGUGGCUCUUCUGGAUACUCUGGUCCAUCUAACACGUACUUGGCUCCAGCGGCGCCCAGCUACUCAGUGGGAGGUCCUUCAUACUCGUCGGGCGGUUCCCUUGGUGGCUCGUACUCUUCAGGUGGUUCGCUAGGUGGCUCAUACUCAUCCGGAGGUGCUGGUGGUUCAUACUCAUCGGGUGGUGGUUCCUCGUACUCUGCCCCAUCAAAUGAAUACUUGCCACCUGUGCAAAGCUACUCACCACCAGCUCCAGUCUACUCUGCUCCUGCACCCGCUCCAGUCUACUCGGCUCCAUCAUACUCCUCAGGUGGUAGUGGUAUCAGUUACUCCAGCGGCGGUGAUGGUGGUUCUUACUCUAGCGGUGGCUCAUACUCAAGCGGUGGCUCUUCUGGAUACUCUGGUCCAUCUAACACGUACUUGGCUCCAGCGGCGCCCAGCUACUCAGUGGGAGGUCCUUCAUACUCGUCGGGUGGUUCCUCUUACUCAUCGGGUGGUUCAUCGUACUCUGGCGGCGAUGUUGGUACCCAGUAUGCUUCGAACGGUGGAUACAUCUACAGAAAGAAGUAAAUCGAUUGGAACUGUGAUUAGUUAAACUGUGUUUGUGCUGUUUAUGAGGUCCUUAGCAGAAACAGUGUUUACCGUUAAAUUGCUGAAGGUACUUCAUACUUACAAGUUAAA